UUACGCCACAGCCUCAGCUACAACAUCGUCGCUCUUCAAACUCUUUGCACGGGAUAUCAGAGUAAAUUAGUUGGUAUAAAAGUGCGAUAUAACCCUCGAUUUUCGAUCGAGUUAUACGCACACCGAUCAGUCACUACUAAAUUCGUAGUUGUAUGAUUGAUCAUAAUCUUAAUCUCCGGGUGUUUUAAAGUGAAGUGUUCUUUUAGUGAUCAACAGUCUCACUUCCUGAUACACCUGUUUGUCAGGUAGGCUCGUCAGCGCUCAGCUCUCUCGUGGCGCAACGGAGAGGCUGAGUCAUGACAAUUUAGACUUUUUUUUUUGCCCGUCGAGCGAUCGAGCCCAUUUUCACACCAUAAGAUGCGUCGACCUUUCCAAGGAAACACCACGCUAAACAUCGUUUUGCUGCUGUAUUUGAUCGGCUUUUUCGCGCCUUCCCUAGUCUCCUCCAUCACAGUGAGGACUCCAGCAGAGCUCCAUGCGUCUAAAGGGGAUAGAGUCACUUUGUCCUGCACUUUCACUUCCACCAGUACGCCGACCAGUAAGAUGACUGUCGACUGGUCCUAUAGGCCUCAGAGUGGAGGGCCACCACAGACAUUUUUCCACUUCUCCUCGCGGGCGUUCCCUCGGCUCGACGGUCAGUUUGCUGGUCGUAUCCACUGGCAGGGAAGCCCGGCGCGUGGGGAUGCCUCCAUCUCUCUGAUCAACUCCACGCUGAAUGAUAAUGGGACCUACACGUGCUCAGUCAGAAACCCUCCUGACGUCCACGGGUCCCCGACUUCACACACUGUGCUCACUGUCACACCAAGGGCGCCCAGCAUUCGCUUCUCUGAUGUUGCAGUCCUCCUCGCUUUUGUCCUCAUCCCUUCCGCUAUCAUCACGAUCUUUCUGACUGGACGGAUGCUCUGUCCCAAGAAACAGCGCAACCAAUCGAAGGCCUACAGAUCGCCCAUAGAGGUCACAGAGGGAGAAGAGUAUGCUAUCCACCCACUAGAGGACAAAGAAAAGAGGACCUCAUGCUGUGCCCUAUAUCUGAUGGACUCAGAGGAUGAAGAUGAGUAUUACAAUCUAAAAAAGAGGCCUCCUGUUGAUGAAGACUAUGCUGAGUCUCAGUGCUAGAGAACCCUGCUGGUUGAGUGAUGUAACUACAACACCCAGAGACACCCUUGCCUUACAUACAGGAGGUAAUGGAUGGAAAUUAAUGCUGGAUGCUUGUCUUCUGUGGCACAGUCAACCACUUAACCAUUCACUUUUGUGAUGUGUACUUUUUGUGGUGACCCUUUGGAAUAAUACUUGUAUUUUCUCUAAACUAUGCAUUUCCAGCAUUGUAUAUUUACACUAUAAAAUGUGUCACUAAUUUGAUUUACAAUUUGCCUACAAGCUCCUAAAUUUGCGAAGGCUUCUCCAGAGCCAGUCUGCUGUUUCUGUACCAGUGAGCUGUGAAACAGCUGAGGUUUCAAUUCCUAAAUUUUGGGGCUUGUGGUCUUGAUGAGAUAAGUUUUUUGUUUGUUCUGUAUGUACAGGUAAGCAGCUGGUAUCAUUCUGCUGUGUACCAGCUGAUGAGCACUAUGUAUGUUUUUAUAUCUUGAGGAUUUCUAUGUAUUACUUUCUUGUUAUGAAGGAGAUAAAUGUGUCUAAUUUAUUGCAUGUGUCAGAACGUCUGUGUGAAAUCGGCCUCUUUGUUGAGGUGUAGUGGAACACUUAUGUUCUAUCCAUUUGGACGGAAAAUAAAUUGUUUCAUUUCAAAUGUCACCUGGGACCAAAUAGUACUAUUUAAGCUCUAUAUUAUGUAUUUUCUGUGUAUCCACUCUUUGUACCAUGUCAUGAUUUCAACAUGGACAGUAAAAGCAGCAGGUCACCUUACUAGUCAGUAUAUUUGGGGGCGUGUGAUUUUGGAUGCAGUCUUUCAUGGAUAUGCUUAUUUCAUGUCACAUAACAAGAUGGAGUCUUUUUGGAUAUGAAGUUUUGCUUCAUUAAUUAAUUUUUUCCAACAUAUUUGCCUAAAUAAAUUGUUUAAGAGCAGAUUCUUUUGGCUUUGUAAAGGUAUGAGCAUGACUUCUUUAAGAGAUCCUCCUAGUGAGUUAAUAAAAGAAUUUGUUCAUUAAA